AUGUCUGAACCUUCUUUGGGAUUUUUGGAAGUAUGGCAAAGAAACGAGAAUAAUCAAGGAAAUAAAACACCUGAAUAUAACAUUGAACAUUCGACUACAUUACAUGGAAUAACUACUGAAGAACUGGGAAGUGGCGAUUCUAUCAAUGAGAGCAUUCUUUCUAAUGAUGAUUCCAGUUUUCCACAACAACAAGAACAACAGCAAGGUGGCGAAAAGAUCUCGAUUCUGAAAAUUUGUAAACAUAAAACAUUAAAGAUUGGAAGAAAUACCAAAGAGGUUGAUUUCCUUUUAAACGACCCAUCUGUUUCAUCAAUCCAUUGUAUCAUUUGGGCUAUCUUGUUUGAUGAGAAAAGUAUACCAAUGUGUUACAUCAAAGAUUUGUCAUUAAAUGGUACAUUCGUGAAUUCUAAAAGAUUGGAAAGAAACGUUGCUUACCUUUUAAAUGAUAAUGAUAUUAUUGAAUUGUCGUCUACAUUUAAUACUUUAUCAACUUCAAUGAUCAAUUUAUUCCAAGAAGAAGGGAAUCCCCAUUCUUAUUUCAAAUUUAAGUCUUUAAAUUUGGAAGAUAAAUGUUUUUUGAAAAAUGUUGAAAGAACUAUCUUCGAUGCUUUAAACAUCAAGAAAAUAAUUAAUAAAAAUUGGGAAAUUUCUCCAAAGAUCAUCGGGAAUGGUACUUUCGGUAAUGUCUUAGUAGCUUUCAAGAAAAAUUUGAAUGAUAAUAUAAAUUCAAAACCAACAGGAAAAAUCAUAUAUUCCCCAAGGAACUACGCUGUGAAAAUUGUUAAAUUAAAAAAAAAUAACGUUGAUAAAGAAGCUAAAAUACUGUUGAAACUAAACCAUCCAAACAUCAUUAAGAUUCAUUAUACAUUCUCCGACAUCAUUAAUGAUAACUUAUACCUUUUCCAAGAUUUGAUCCCUGGAGGAGAUUUGUUCUCAUAUUUAGCUAAAGGUGAUUGUCUAACUUCAAUAACAGAAACUGAAUCCUUAAUACUUGUCUAUCAAAUUUUAAAAGCUCUAAGUUAUCUACACAACCAAGGAAUUGUCCAUAGAGAUUUAAAAUUAGACAACAUUCUUUUAUGCUCACCAGAACCGUGUACAAGAAUUGUACUGGCUGAUUUUGGUAUUGCUAAAGAUAUCUCCAAAUUGAAAAGAAAUUCAAGAAUGAAUACUAUCGUGGGCACUCCAGAAUAUUGUGCUCCUGAAGUUGGGUUCAAAACACGGCAUCCUCACCCAAACUCAAAGUCACACCAUGAAUUAUUAUCAAGCUCAAGAUCUUUCCUUAAUCAAACAUGUUCAAGAGCAAAUACCAUUGAACAAUAUAAAAACGGUUAUACGUAUAAAUGUGAUCUAUGGUCAUUAGGCGUCGUCACACAUAUCAUGUUGACCGGUAUAUCACCAUUUUAUGGUGAUGGUACAGAAAACUCAAUAAUUCAAAAUGUCAGAAAUGGGAAAUUGGAUUUCAGUAUAAAACAUUGGGACCAUAUACAUGAAAAUGCAAAGGAUUUCGUUAGAAAUCUUUUGAAAAUUGACGCGAAUGAAAGAUUCGAUAGUUUUCAAAGUUUAAAUCAUUCUUGGAUAAGUAACCAUUCUGGUUAUUUGGAAAAGAUUUAUCAAAAGAAAAUAUUAUCUGUACUGCCAUUGCAAACAUUAAAAAAUAUGAGUUUAAAUGAACCGUUACCAUCGUCGAAUGAUUGGAAAAGGAAAUUACCAAAAAGCGUUAAUAUUGAAGCUAGAGAUCCUGAGAUGCAAUAA